AUGACAGUAAUCGUAAUGAGGAAUGGGCGCUCAAAAAUCAAUUUUAUUUGGUGAUAACAAUUAUCUUAUCAACGAUUCUCCAAGCAUUCUACUAGCAUUUUAUUGACUGUGACGAGAGAAGCCAAGACGGACUGACGUUAUCGGUGUUCAUCAUAAUUCAUAAUACGCACGCUCGUCCUCCGAUUUGUACGGAUGAUCAAAUGUUAAUUUAUUUAAAUAAAUUACGCGGAUAAUAACUGCACAAAGUAUUCAAACUCGAUUAAGUGUAUGCAAAUUCAGUCAACAAAUCGAUUGUUUAAAGUUAUAGGUUCUUCAUGCCCUGAAAAUAGCAUCGCAGCGGACGCGCAAAAUAAAUAUUCUAAUGGAAUUUAGCUACUAAAAAGUUUUUGAAACUUAAUUAUAAUGAGUGAUGAAAAACAACCACUUCUUACGGGGCCCUGUAUUGCUAUAGAGCAUGCAGAGGUGCAGAGGGAAGCCUUGGAGUUGUCCAGUGAUGCAGUUAUACCGAUCAAAGACGAGAAACCGAAGGCGGACUACUGCCCGGCCUCGGAGAGGCACCUGGAGCAUCCGACCUCCAACUUCGACACCAUGAUCCAUUUGCUGAAAGGGAAUAUUGGCACAGGGAUUCUGGCUAUGCCUGAUGCCUUCAAAAAUGCGGGCUUAUUGUUUGGCGUAUUCGGCACGCUGUUCAUGGGCGCGGUGUGCACGCACUGCAUGCACAUGCUGGUGCGGUGCUCGCACGAGCUGUGCAUCAGGAACCAGCGGCCGGCGCUGAGCUUCUCCGAGGUGGUGGAGGACGCGUUCACCUCCGGCCCGGUGCCGUUGAGGCCGUACGCUAAGAAAAUGAAAAACGUGAUCAACGUGUUCCUCGUCAUAACACAACUCGGGUUCUGCUGCGUCUACUUCCUAUUCGUCGCCACCAACUUACAAGACACAUUUCGCUUCUUCCACAUCAACUUGAGCGUUCACAGCUAUUUAGUUCUGCUCUUCCCACCUAUAGUAGCCCUCGCUAUGGUGAAAAACCUGAAGUAUUUGACCCCAGUAUCGCUGAUAGCGUCCAUAAUGACCGCUUGGGGGCUGAUCAUUACGUUCUACUACAUAUUGCAAGACUUGCCGAAGACAAAUUCGGUGAAGCCGUUCGCGAGCUGGCAUCAGCUGCCGCUGUAUUUCGGGACCGCUAUUUAUGCGUUUGAGGGGAUUGGUGUGGUUCUCCCGCUCGAGAACAACAUGAAGACGCCCGAAGACUUCGGCGGUUGGAACGGAGUCCUCAACACCGGCAUGGUGGUAGUCGCUGCCCUGUACACUGCUAUCGGCUUCUUCGGCUAUCUGAAGUAUGGAGAACACGUGCUUGGCAGCAUCACGCUCAACCUGCCAAACGACUUUCUAGCACAAAGCGUCCGCGCAGUGAUGGCGGCGUCCAUAUUCCUCUCCUACGGGCUGCAGUUCUACGUGCCCAUGGGCAUCGUGUGGCCCGUCGUCAAGUCGCGACUGACUUCCGAAAAUGCACUCAAACAUGGCGAAUCAGUCACGAGACUCGUAUUGAUCACUAUCACGUUCGCCGCCGCCGCCAUAAUCCCGAACCUAAGCGGCAUAAUUUCCCUAGUAGGCGCCGUCAGCAGCUCGACCCUAGCGCUCAUCUUCCCGCCCAUCAUCGAGAUCAUGACCUUCUGGCCCGACAACCUCGGCAACCGCAACUGGAAACUGUACAAGGACCUGCUGCUGAUACUGUUCGGGUUGACCGGGUUCGUGUUUGGCACUUACGCCAGUGUGAGCAAUAUUUUACACUGAAGUUGGAUGGGAAGCUAAGUUCGAUGGAA